AUGAGCUCGGGGACCUCCGCCGCUAGCUCGAGGUCAAGAAUUGCCCCGCUAACGCGCUCCACCCAGGACGUCGACCCCUCCUCUUCCCCCAACUGCUCGCAGUACGAGCUCGUCAAGCUCGAGAACGAGCAGCAUGACGCUGGUGAGCACGUCUUCGCUCUGCGUCACACCCAGCGUGAGCUUAUGGCCCCGUCGCCACGUCACACCCGCAUCGCCCACCUCAACCACAACACCUGCGUUAUUCACCUUGCCCGCCUCACUCGUGUCGCGAUCUCGGCCACCGCUCAUCUCGCCCGCGUCGCCUAUCUCGCCCGUGUCGCCCUCUGCUCCCACACCGCGCGCGACCGCAUCGCCCACUUCUUCCGCAUCGUUCAUAUCGCCGUCUUUGCCCACCUCGCGCGUGUCACCCGCAUCACCCACUGGAGCUUUCGUGCAUGCCGGCUCAAGUACAAGUGGCACUCGACAUACGCGCAGACAAGCCUGUUCGACUCGCGCAGGGUAGCCGGCCUACCGUUCAUUCAUCCACCCCUCCUAACGUUCACCUCGCUCGUCGCACACACCUCACCUGCGUUGCGUGACACGUCCGCGUUUCGCCCCCGCGUCGCCCGCGCCCACAUCGCCCACACCCGCGUCAUUCACGUCGCCAUGUCGCCCACGCGCCUCGUCUGUGUCGCUCGCUUCCCCUUGCCAGGUUAUCCAUGUCGCUAG